CUCAGUUUCAGCCGCACAUCCUGCCAAAAUCGUAAAUGGGGUUGUAUCCAAUAUCGUCUCUGCACUUGUUAAGUGCCUCUGGUCUCUCAAAUCCAACACUAAAACAGAUACAGCUGUCUCUAGCAGUUCGAUGAUGAAAUUUGAAGAUGGAUACACGGUGGAGACGGUGUUUGAUGGAAGUAAGCUUGGAACUGAACCAUACUCAGUUGAGUUAUCUCCAAGUGGAGAGCUUCUGGUUUUGGAUUCAGAGAACAGUAAUAUUUACAAGAUCCCAACACCAUUAUCUAGAUAUAGAAGGCCCAAGCUGAUUGCUGGAUCAUCUGAAGGGUACACUGGACAUGUAGAUAGGAGGCUAAGAGAAGCAAGAAUGAACCACCCGAAAGGCCUUACAGUCUAUGACCAAGGAAACAUAUAUAUAGCAGACACAAUGAACAUGGCUAUCAGAAAGAUAAGUGAUGGAGGGAUUACAACUAUUGCAGGUGGAAAAUGGGUUGAUGGAGAUGAUCAUGUUGAUGGUCCAAGUGAAGAUGCAAAGUUUUCAAAUGAUUUUGAUGUGGUUUAUAUUGGAAGUAGCUGCUCUCUUUUUGUUAUAGAUCGAGGAAACCAGGCAAUUCGAGAGAUUCAACUCCAUGAUGAAGAUUGUAGCUAUCAAUAUGAUGAUAGUUUCCACUUAGGGGUAGCAGUGCUAGCUGCUGCAGCAUUCUUUGGUUACAUGGUAGCAUUGUUGCAGCGCAGGGUUCAAGCACUAUUUUCCUCCAAUUAUGAUUCAACAGCUUAUAUAAAGAAAGUUGCACUAAAUGCACCAUACCAAGGUCCUCCAAAAUCAGUCAGCCCGCUUUCAGUUACAAAUGAAUGUGAAGGUGAGAAACCUGACGGGGGUGUUUUUGGUUCCAUUGGGAGGCUUGUGUUCAACAGCAAUACCAGUACCAGCAACAUCUCCAACAUUCAAAUGCAUGGCCAACAGCAUCAGCAUCAUCAGAGGCAUUGUACAUCUAAACCAAACACAUACUAUGAAAAGAGCUGUGAGACAAAUGAGAUUGUGUUUGGGGCUGUUCAAGAGCAGGAUGGCCGGCGUGAAGCUGUGGUGAUAAAGGCUGUUGAUUAUGGAGAUCCUCUGUAUAAUCACCAUAUUAUUGGACCUCGAAUUAACUAUGUUGGUUACACUCAUGGGUACUGAUAAUACCCUUGAGUUAUGAAUUGAACAAAAGAAUUUUUUGAGCUUUACAUGUGAGAGCUAUGAAGAUGAGUAUGAAAGGUAAUAGAGGAAGAAGGAAAAACUUGCCUAGACCGAGUCUACAGUGGAUAAAAGAGCUUGUUGUUGAUGUUCUACUCUAUGAAUGCUUUUUGUUCGUAAACUGGGAAUUGUAAAAUACAUCUCCUUCCAACUUUUUACACGUGCGAUACGUGUUUUGUGAUUAUAUGGUACGGAUACGAACAGGAAUAUAUAUGGUAAUUUUUUAAAUUGCA